AUGAGUUUACUGAACGAUGUGUCGGAGGACGACGGCCGGGGCAGCCCGGUGGAGAGUUAUAUGUUCGGCUGUGAGUUGUCCUCGAAGAUCUCCUAUUACACCUUCCAGACGGAGGAGGACGAUGACUGUGAACACAACCUGUCCCUGUGCUCUGUCAGCCUUGGGGAGGGAGUCCGGGAUGAAUACAAUGUUGUAGAGGUGACGGCCCGCAGUCAUACCAAUGAGGACAUCACCGUGCCCAUCGCCACACUGAAGCUGUCCUGUCAGACCAUGGUGAAUUUGGACAACUUUGUGAUCCAGCCGCCAGUGACGUUUCGCCUGAAGUCUGGCUCAGGACCGGUCCUUCUGUCUGGGCAAGUGAUUGUUGUACCACUAGACCUGGAAUCUGAGGAGGGGGAAGACGAUGAAGAUGACUCAGAAGAGGAGGAAGAUUUAGCGCCCAUAAAACCAGCCAACAAGAAACUGAGAAAAUGA